CAAUACUUCCCCUCAAUAACCGCCCUUACCCUCGCUACUCGCCAAAUAUUAGAGCCUCACCUACUACUCUCUCUUUCUCUCCUCGUUCCUCCUCUCAACCACACAUUGCUCUCCCCCACCUUAUCAUCCAUACCCACAUCAACUUCCGCCAUGAAUGUCACAUUCCUCUCCCGCUCGUUGCGCCGCGCAACUUUAACAUCUCUCAAGCUCACCACUGGCCUCCGCACAUUAGCAUCUGUCACAGCCUCCCAGACUGUCCCCGCCGGGUCCGGUUCGAAGAAGGAAAACAUCAAGCAAUUCCAGAUCUACAGAUGGAACCCAGACACACCCGAGAAGAAGCCUUACAUGCAGACCUAUGAACUGGACAUGGACCAGACCGGGCCCAUGGUGCUAGAUGCUUUAAUCAGACUCAAGAACGAGGUUGACCCUACGCUCACUUUUAGACGCUCUUGUCGCGAGGGGAUUUGCGGGAGUUGUGCGAUGAAUAUACAGGGGAGCAACACUUUAGCUUGCUUGUGUCGUAUCGAUGUCUCCAACUCUGCCCCUUUCUACAAGCAGUACAAGUCUAUCAAGCCAUAUCUCCAGCGCAAGACUCCCUCUCCCGAUGGAAGGGAGUACCGCCAGUCCGUAGAAGAGAGGAAAAAACUUGAUGGAUUAUACGAGUGUAUUCUUUGCGCUUGUUGCUCGACUUCUUGCCCAUCUUACUGGUGGAACUCAUCCGACUACCUCGGCCCAGCUGUCCUUCUCCAGUCGUAUAGGUGGUUGGCAGACUCUAGAGACGAGGCCAAGGGUGCUAGAAAGAGCGCUCUUGAGAAUGAGAUGAGCCUCUACAGAUGUCACACCAUCAUGAACUGUACAAGAACCUGCCCCAAGGGGUUGAAUCCUGGCCGGGCUAUUGCGAACAUAAAAAAGGAGAUGGCAUUCGGUUCGUAGCAGUGGAUCUCGAAAAACAAAAACCUAACACAAUCUUUUUCAAGGCACACCAGCUUUGUCAACUGUUUUCAACAAGCUUUUGGUAUAGAAUAGUUGCGUCUAGUUUGCACUCUCUCCCGUUGAUAAAACAGUGGCAGAGUGGUCUAGACCCUUUCCCGUUUUCUUUUUUUUCUUUUUGCCUUGCAUUGCCUUCAGUGGGCUCUAUGCUAAUUGCUUGGAAAAAGAAAUCUCGAGGAAAAAAGAAAAACCAAUUGAAAAAUACCAAUA